GCUAGCGGGUUGCCCCAUAUUUUCUCCGUUUUUUAUUCUUUGCAGUCCGACUGAACCAGAAUAUAUGGUCGCAGAAUUAGCAGGCGCCAAUGACCGUCUGUGUGGGACAGCGACAACUUUCAUGUCGACAACUUGUGAAGUUGACCAUUUGUGAAGAAUAUUCAGAUGGAGGUAGCAGAUAGUCCUCUAAAUCUUGCCCAUCAGCAAUGCAGGAAGGCAGAUCGUCUGCUGGCAGCUGGGAAGUAUGAGGAGGCUAUCUCCUGCCAUGGAAAGGCUGCAGACAUGCUGAGGGAUGCCAUGAUGCUGACAGAGUGUGAACAGGCACGUUUGUCCAUGGAGCUGCAGAGAGACAGCCAUGUGAAGCAGCAGAGGCUGAUUGAGGAGCGCUGGAAGAGAGCCAGACGAGAGGCCAAGCCCCGGGACAAGCUUCACAGCCAGUCCUCCACAGACCAACCCCAGGUCAAGGGCCAACUCCAAGCCCAGGCUCAGCCCGGCCUGCCUGGCCUCUCUCCCCCUGGUCCGGGUCAGCGCCCGGAGAGGGAGUAUGACACCUGGCUGUACCUGCUCCAGAACCGGGGCUCCCCUACGCCCCUCGCCCCCUGCCAGGGCUCCAAAGCUACCAAGGACGAUAAGACGCGCCUGGAGGAGCAGCAGACCACCAUCGCCAACCUGCGGCGCCUGGUGGACCACCUGGUAGGGGAGAACGAGAAGCUGACGCAGGAGAGCGAGAGGCUGCGUGGCGAGAACGCCCGGCUGAGGCGCGACGCCGAUGGGGCCGACACAGACUUCGUGGAACGCUCGGAGCUGUGGAUGCUGCCGGGGGCAGGGGGGGGAGGAGGGGGUCAGGACAGGAAGGCCAAAGAGAUCGCCAUCCCCCAGCUCCCGCCUCUGGAGAUGCCUUCUCAGGACAUCGCUCUGGAGGACCUGCCCGCCCUGGAGCUUCCUGAGGACAUCCAACACGAGCUGCGGGAGCUGAUGGAGCGGGACAAGCUGUGAGAGGACAGAGACACUCUGACACACAGGUGGAAACACACACACACACAGGUACAAACCGUCUGCAUCCACACGGACAUACUCGCAUACACGCACCCAUCCACACUGGGAUCAGCUUGCUCUCUUGGUGAGAGCAUGGAAUUGGGUGGUGGCCAGCCCGAAACUUUGAGCAAAAUAACCUGUGCCUUUGAACCUUUCUCUAGUCAUCCUAAAGUCACUGCAUCAAUGGGAUAUAUACUAAAGAGACAUGAGGUGGAAAUGCUAAAGGGACAAGACUGUCACUGAAAUCUAGUUGCAGUGGCCUCCUGACUGGCUGGUAGACUGACUGAACUGAAGUGUAGUUCCUCCCCUCUCUCUCUCCUCUGUUAUGCUCAGUGCAUCCCUCAUCUUCUACAGUGUAAUGUGUGCAUCCUUUCAUUCACGGACUCUGGUCUCUUUGAUAGGUGUGUGUGUGUGUGUUAUGACAGGUUCUUUUGUGUGUAUAUCGCUUAUGUGUUGGUUGUAUUUCAUGUGUUGCUCUUUCUGUGAGAGGAUAACAGGGAGGUCCUCUGACACCAUCUGAUCCUAUGCAGUGAAGAUGGUAGAGGAGUCUUUCUGGGUGUCUGUCGUGACUCAUGGGACACCUGCAGUUUCCACUGCUCUCCUCCUGACUACUUCACACCUCCUUCUCCCCCACCUACCACCUCACUCAAUGUAUGACCUGGAUGGGAGCUUCAAUAAGCAUUUAUAAAUAAAUAACAAAUAUGCUGUAUAAGCCCCCAAGCUCCACAAUACAGCCUUUUAAUGUUUCUUUGGCAUUUCUAUUUUUCUAUGGCAGCAUAAAAGCGUACAGCGUACACGUGAGAGUCGUUUUUAUUUGCCUUAUAUAGGAAGCCUAGCUGCCUGACUAGUAGAAGCCAGUUAGCUGGUCCUGGAUCUGGGCUGGUGGAGCCAGCUUCACUUCACACAGAGCAACCUAACAAAGUGCAAAGCAUUUAUUUUCCCUGUGUGAGGUAUACUUGCUUUCCUUUAUUCUGUAUUAUUUUAAAAUUGUACUGUAAUUAGUUUUUGUCAGUCGGUUGUGAGUUGAUUGUGUAAAACCACAACUGCACCAUUUUCAGGUAAACUUAAUUCUGUUUAUAUUAUGCAGAAUGGGCAUGAUGACUAUGUCCUUGAGAUACAUGAACCUUGUGUGUGUGUGUGUGUGCGUACAUCAGGAGGUUGUAGCUUACUGUAUAUGGAACUUAAGGUCAUAUACUUGUGCCAGACUCGCCUGAAGACACUAACUCAACCUUGUUUAAAUUUCCCAAAAAUGCAUCCUUCCUGCCUCAUGUAAUGUUGAUAAUAAGCUCUGGUCCAACAUGAUUGACAUGGAAAAUGCUUAUUAACAUAUCUGGCUGCCAUCCAGUGUUGUCAAAUUAGUGAUAGUAGUAAAGCAAGGUUGCAUUUUUAGAGAAGCAGAACAAGGCCUUGGAUGCAACUGCAAAUGCAGUUGGACAGGAGAUGUUUUUAUGUAGAGGGAACCAAAUCCACCAUGUCCUUUUGUCUUUUAUUUAAUUUAAAUGUAAAAUUAAUUAUCAGUUUACAACAGUAAUCAGGGUGCAUCCUAGUCUUUUGGUUUUCUUUUGUAUUUUGUGUGAUGUAAAAAUCUACAAAUGUGUUAUCAAAUGUCAUGACUGAUGAAUAUAUGUAAUUUAGUCUUUUUUUGGUGAUGCAUGAAUGACAGUGCUAGCUGUAUGUAUAUGAUUGUGAAGAUAAUAAAAUGACUAUUUUAACUUGUG